AUGGCAAACCAUAGCAUUGUCGAAUAUUUUGGAGAUUCAGGAGGCCAUCGAUGUGGUUAUUGCAAUAGCAGCGAUACUAAUUUUUCGCAUGGUAAGCCUUCUUCCAUACCAGUUGCAACGUCGUUGCUUGUAAAUUCCCUGCUUGCAAACUGCAAAACUGGUCUACUUCCAGAAUUGUUUAUUGGUGAGAGAAAGUCUAUACACCCUGGUUUCUCUCGCCAAUCCAAAGAACGGAAAGUAUACUCCACCUGCAGCACACUUUGGGUUUAGUUAAGCUUCGUUGCAGCAACGGUUUUAUGCUUAGCCUUAUGCAUGAGAGCGUAUAGAAAUGGUUGUAUUUCCAACUUAAACCUUUCAUUUUUUUUAAGGGAUGUGGGCUCAUAAGCUAACAUGCUUGGAUUAUCAGGAUCUUAUUGAUAGAGGAUGGAGAAGGUUUGUAAUUAUGUUCAGUGUUGUUUGUUUGUUUGCAGAAACUUACAUAACAAUUCUCUUUGUAAUAAGUCUUGCUUACCUUUGGAGGGUGCAGCUGGAAUUGACUGAUGCAUUACACUGUAGAAUUGUUAUGGUAAAUGACCGAUCGUUUGUUGCGUCCCAGACGGGGGGGAGGGGGGCGGGGUAAAGUUUUGUAAGAGGCAUGAUUUUAAGGGGGUCAAUUUUAAAAAUCAACAGAAUGUGAGGGGGUUCGAAAUAUUAAGACACAGGACUGGCCUUCUAUGUAAAAGUUGUCAAACUAUAUUAUGAUUGAAGCAAAUCCACGUUUCUUCAAAAGAACACCAAAAAAUACACUUUGGCGGUUCUUUGUCAGCAACAAAAUGUUACCCAUAUAAAGCUCGGCCCAGGAACCUAUCAACUAUUUCUCGUACCAGGAAUGUAGCAUGCAUGUGUGUAUAUACAUUAAUGCAUACAGCCGAAAUCUAGAAAAAAUAUAUAGAUUUUUUUUAUAACCUGAAAGCAUUUUUAUCAUUAAAUCAACAUAAAUAUUUUGCAUUAUAUUGGUGUUUUUGUGCUAGGAUUUCCUUUAUCCUUUUACUGGUUAUGGAGUGAAAUGGAUCUGAAUGUGAAGCCACAGACCUUGGUUGAGACUUUUGACCAAGCUAACUCCAAUUCUAUCACGGAGUAUAUGUCACGGCAGUGCUUGACACCAACUUUUUUGGACACUAGGCAAUGGGCUAGUGAGUGAAUUAAAUCACUAGCCCAGAAGGACAAGUCACUGGUCCAAAAAAAAAGUACUAGGGGAGGUGGGGGUUAGUUUUCAACUCUUUAUUACACCUUUUGCUGUUCAUUACGAGGAAAUACGCAAUCAUUUGCGUGAAACGGCGACCAAUAGCGCGAAGAUACAUUCAUUAGCGCAAAAAAGCGAACAUUUGCACGUAAAUUAGAUUCAAUUACGAUUUUUGCAUUUUAAUCAACAUUCAAUAACAUUUUUGGGUAUUCAUUUGCAUCAUUCGACAUACAAAAGAGAAAAAUAUACUUUUAUUAACACCAACAUUCAAAUCAUUAACAUUAUCUUGAAAAUCAUUAGGGAAAAUAGACAAACAUUUAAGUGCAAACGCUAUUCAUUAGCAUUUUUAUGACACUGUUUGCAAUUCAAUAGCAUUCCUGGACAGCUUCAGAAUGGAUAAGACAUACAUUAAUGCGUUUGCGCAAUCAAUUGAGCGUUCUUUACAUUUAAUAUACAAAAAUAUGUUUUCAAUUAAACAAUACCAAUUCCCCCCCAAAAUUGGUCUGAAUUUGUUUAAAGAAUCACGCCGUACUUCGCUACUGUGUGUUCGGCGACGGCUGCGGCUAUACAUUUACCCUAGACGGCCAGAAGUCAUGGUGGGGCGCGACAGGGAGUGGAGGGCGUACAGCUAGGACGAAACUUGACUAUGACCAUGGCAAUAUUACCUAUCAAAUGUUUGUCUCGGGAGCUGCCAGAGUAAUGAAUACUGUGUCGGUUUUUCGGUGACUUCCUGACACUGACGAGGAAAAAAUGGAUCCCGAUAAGUCGGUGGUCUUUGCGUAUGACGGGGUGCCAGCCACCUAGAUUUGGCCAUUCCCGCUCCAUACGUACACAGCUUAUGCUUCCCCCCUCGACAUCGUUGAAAAGGAGUUAAGUUGUCUGAAAGAACACUCAAUCGAUUGUACAAGUACAUUAAUGUUUGUCUUAUCCAUCCUAAGGUUGUCCAGGAAUGCUAUUGAAUUGCAAACAGUGUCAUAAAAAUGUUAAUGAAUAGUGUCUGCACUUUAAUGUAUGUCAGUUGUCCCUAUUGACUUUCAAGAUGGUGUUAAUGACUUUGAUGUUGGCGUUAAUGAAAGUACAUUUCUCUCUUUUGUAUGUUCAAAGAUGCAUAUGAAUGCCCAAAAGUGUUAUUGAAUGUUGAUUAAAAUACAAAAAUCGUAAUUGAAUCUGAUUUAUGCGCAAAUGUUCGCUUUUUCCCGCUAAUGAAUGUAUCUUCGCACUAUUGGUCGCCAUUUCACGCAAAUGAUUGCGUAUUUUCUCGUAAUGAACAGCAAAAGGUGUAAAACAGUUUAUAAAUCAAUUUUCAUGAAAAUUCAACUUAAGAGGCAAAAAGAGUAGACAUCAACAGUGAUAAAACGAAUGGCUUAUGUUGCUUUGUUUCUUGUCAGUCCAGAGUUUAAGAGGCAAUCUGAAUGUCUUGUGUUGGAAGACAUGAAAAUGAUUACAUGUAGUAACCUUAAUUAAUUAUUAAUAAAUUAUAAGGCACAAAUAUCUAUAUAAAUAUAUUCAAAUGCCUUUAGUAUAGUAAUAAUCUUUUGUUUAUUGGCUCAGUUAUGCUGUGAUCACAAUGAUAUGCUUGACUACAGGUCGAGCAUGGUUCUAUAAUCAUAGGUGAUCAUUUACAAAUUCCCUUCAAGUUGGUGGCAAAUCUUUGAAAAGCUUCUGCUAAAACUACUGGUAAAGCAUUUUAGAAAACAUGAAGAACAUUAUUUUUGUUCAUUAAUCUGGUCCAGUGGCUUAAGUGGGAGUACGCUUUUACUAGCCCAGCAUGAAUUUUCACUAGUCCUGGGCUAGUGGACUAGCAUUAGUGUCGAGCACUGCAUGGGCUCUCAUGACUUUGUUGACUUAUCCUGUGUCAACAUUCACAGAUGAGUGUAGCUUCAGUAGUAUGAAGAGACUGCAAACUCCUUUACAAAGGACCAUGACAGACACGAGAUUGAGCUCUCUUGUAAUUCUGCAUAUGAUCACAAGGACGUAAUUGAUAUUGAUGGCAUUAUAACAGAGUUUGCCUGUCUGAAAGGAACACAUCUCGCCCUUUGCUUGUAACCUCCUUUAUGGCGGCAUGUCAACUCUGUACCUUACUGAUAACACUAGAAAUGGGUAAAAUAAACAACUAAUUACUGCAUUUUCCUUCAUCAAUAUUUACUGAGAAUGUCCUGCAGAAAAUACAGGAGAUGACAUUUCCAAGACCCUAAAUUGAAAAAUUUUCUGGGGGUACUCCCCCAGGUUUGGGGCACCUUCGGUGCACUAAGUUUUCUUCUCCUUCAAAAUCUCAUGCUACGCUUCUGACUACCGCCAUCUUAUAGCUUAUGAAAUCAAUGCCCAAGUUUGGAAGAAGAGACUUUUUCUAGAAGGGGUUAGAGCGGGGAUUGUUAUUGCCCGGGGUACAAUUUUCAUAUGUAAUUAUUUUGGGGGGUUUAAGUUUUGAUACACCACUCUUCUGGAAACCCCUGCAGCCCUCUGGGAUGUAAUAAACGAUCAGUCCCCAACAAAAGGAGUCACGAAACAUGCAAGCUGGAUCGAGUCAAAGACAGUAAUAUUUCGCAGACUGCAGAAUUGAAUCGAAGGGUUUAUAACAUUGCAAGUUGUGUGCAAGAAAUGCAGAUGUGGCAUGUAAAUUGUAAUAAUAUUAUUAUUUUGUACUGCUCGGAAAACUAUCCAAAGACUUGGAGUAGACUUAUUUGCAAUGUCUUUAGAAGGAGUUUACGUUUCCAAGAAUUUCAGAACAUUGUUUGGACUUUUUAUCUUCUAAUCCACAAGUCUAUGGUUUGCAUCUGUUGCAACCAUUUAAUUUCCCUGUCACUUGAAAUCCAGAGUACCCCACUCCCCCUCCCCCUGGGAGCAUAUCCGUGGAUGGCUUUGGGGUUAAACCCAUGGGAUGGCCUAUCAUGCCUGCAUAAUUUAUGUAUAAAACUGUUUGUCUCUUACAGGAGUGGUAAAUAUUUGUAUAAACCAACUAUGAAAAAAUUAUGCUGUCCAAUGUACACUAUCAAGUAUGUGAACUUCCUUAGACUGCAUAAUUAUUAUUGGUAAUUAUUAUUGGAAAUUAUUAUUUGCAUAACAAUGUUUUUCUUACUAGCAAAUUUCCAGGUUAACAAAAGUUCCUAGAGGAGACUUUUUUAACAAGAAAAAAACAAUCUAUACGUAGUUUCUAUCUGGUAAUUUUACAGCUCAGGUUUUUCUACUUUAGCCCGCAAAGGAUUUCAUUCAAUUAAUCAAUCUAGGUCAAGUAUACUUUUGCCCAAAAAAUUUAAAUUCAAAGUCAAAACAAUUAAAAUUUUGCAAAGAGUGAUGACAAUUGCUAAAAAAGUUGAAAAAAAUGUUUUUCCUGAACAAUAAUAUUAUUAUUGUCUAGAAGAAUUUGUUUCCAUAAAAACUAUCGUCACAAACAAGUAAAUAGUUAAUUACUAAUAACGAUUUAUGGUAGAGGUAGCACUUAGUGGUUCUUCGUCUACUAUCCCUGAUCCACAUGUAAUUGCCAUUUGUAAAUGUUGGUUUUGAAGAGAGGGGAAAAUCUGAGUACCUGGAAAAAAACUUCUUGGAGCAAGGGCGAGAACCAACAGCAUACUCAACCCAAAUUGUUCAUUUAUCUUUGUCUGAAUGCAGCAUAAUGAAACAAAAGAUAAAUGGUUUCUUGAGUUCCCAAGCACAGGUGCAUUUGUUGGCAGUGUCUUUAAGUGCCGGUACGAGAUUAUACGAAGAAAGUGUGAUAUGUAAAGUAGCAUGCGCAAGUGUGGAUUUUCAAUUUAAGCGGACCUCGUGCUCGGCAGACCGGCGCUUUCCCAACUGAGCUAGCCAGGCGGCUCCACUGACUUUAACAAAAGAAAUACCUUUGAUUAUUAAUAUUAUUAUUUUUAUAGUUGAUCAUUUUAUUUAAUAUUUAUCUAUUAAUUUUUCUCUUUAUUUCCCAGAUGCAAUGCUACUGCCUUCCAUCCUUCCAAGUCGCAAAAGAAAGUUCUUAAAAAAAUGACAAAGUUCCUUACUGUUCCUAAGACAGGUAAUGAUCCCAACAUUAAUUGUUAUCUUUUUAGAGCUGUGUGAGAUUUGAAUUGAAAAAAAAGCAAAUUUGUGAGUGAGGGUAGCAAGAAACAGAAAUACCUUAAUACUGAAUCAUAAACAUGAUUACGUAAACUAUAUUAUAAUUAUUAUUUUUUUCAAAACUUUUCCCCACCUAAACCUUUUCCUUUCUCUUUUAAGUUUUAGCAUAAUCACUUCACUUACUUGUACUUCUGCCAAUCUCCAGAGAUCAAAGAUCUGAAGAGAUUUUUUUCAGCUUGCUCUCUCUGUCAUGUUUUUCAGUAAAACCAGUUUUUUUUUCACUGUUUGUAUAUUGUUUGAAGCUGAUCAACUUUUCCGUUUACUAGUGAGCAAAUUUUAAAUUCCAGAAGCAAGCACAAGUGCAAAUUGUGAAGAAGAUCAACAAGAUGGGCCUUCAGAAAUAUGUGAGGCUAGCAGUGCAGCUUUUGUUGAGCCUGUCUUGGGCAAAUUACCAUCAGUGGUUGAUAAAGUUGAAGAUAUCAACAUCAAUAAACUAAAAAUGAAAGGUAAUGUAGGCAAGAGAGAUGACUUAAACCUGGGCAAAACAACUAGUAGCCAGGAACCAUCUUCAAUGGAAAAAUCAGUGGAUGAAAGGGUCAAGAAAAGCAAACACCCAAAAGGCAAAACACCAGGUAUGUACUGCAGAACCACUUUCGGACCCCAAAUCUUCCCAAGUUCAAAUCAUUUCAAACUUUUGCUCAAGUGUGAUGAUAACCAACCCUGUAUUUUGUUAUUGAAUGUGAAAUGACUUGGACUACCUAACUCCUGCCAAAGUAGUACAAAGGUCAUUAGAAAACUACUUGGAAACCCUUAAUUACUUAGUGUUUUAUUUGAUUGUCAUCUGUAAAAUGAAAUGGAGUUGUAUCAUUGUUUCCUAUCAGUUUUACUAUUAAAGCAUCGCAACCUUUAGCAGUAGGAUUGUUUAGUGAGAAAAUGAUUUAAUCACAGUAUUGCUAUACAGCUGUAACUCUUCUCUCUUUUUGUAGAACCUGGAUUAGGACCAGAUCCAAACAAGCCUCGUUGUCGGAAAGCCAAGAUCGUUCGUUUAGAACGGAAAAGAGAGAAACUUGCAUUAGGCAGACACCAAGGGGUAGGCAUAUAUGUACAUGUAUGAAUCACUGUCUUCUAACCUUGGACAACCCUUGUAAUAUACUCUUGUAUCAAACAUGACAUGUUUUCUUAUCCAUGUUUUCUCCUUUAUCCGUACACUUUGUCAAUUUGGUAUUGCGGAGUAUUAUUUUGUUUAGGUCAAGGCAGUUUAAGUGUAUAUUUCAAUCACCUGGCUCAUGCAAGUACAUUUGUAGAUGUUAGGGGGCAUGUGCAAUGUACAGCCAGGGUAUGAACGUCUGGUAUCUGUUUAUGCACAACAAAUAUUGUGGUUGUCAUGUGACCACACAAAGUACAGCUGUAAGUACAACAUGUAUGUUGUUACCUCCUAGUCUCCUUUACAGUUGUUUUUGUCUCGUUUUGUUGGGGAGGAGCAUUGCGUGACAAGACAAGGGAGAUUACACCAGGUACCCCCAUACUACAGUGGGCCAAUGAGAAAUGGCACACUUACCAACUAAAAACAAGCCAUAGUAAGAAAGCAUUGCCAUGUCAUUUAUAUCACUGUCACUUGACCACUGGCAGAACUCUGGUGUACAUACAUGUUCUUUUUGUAAGUUUGCAUGUCCCCUCUACUAGCAAUGCGUGCUCAUAUACCAGUACAAUGUAGAUACAUGUAGUUUUUCUUAGUAAGGCUUUAAUCAUCACUCUUGAAAGCCCUAGAUGACAUUGGACUCAUCCCAUUCCUCUUUGAACAUGACGCACACAACUUGAGAGUGUGCGGUAGUGGGUGAACAAAGUGUGAUUUCUCCCUACUCAACAUACCUUGCCUUCCCAUUGUAAUUACAUGUAUCCAUAGAUUAUAAUAAAAUUUUAAUGAAUAGUGCCUUAAAAAAAUUUAUGUUGUGUGGGUACACUGUACAUUUUAUUUAUUCAGCAUAUAUGGCAUAUAUGGGUUAAUGCUAAUUUUUUGUAAAUAUCUAGAAGUGUGCAAGGUCAAGCAGUUCUAAGAUGCCAGUUGUCAAAUCUUUGGAAGACCUUGUGAUUGACAGAUUACCCAGCCAGACACCAGUUCACAACCUUAAGGUGCAAUUUUUAUAAUAAAAAUAAUAAUGAUAGUAAUUGGAGUCUGAAGCCUCGGUUGGAGACUGAACUGGAAUUUGUUUCCUCAAAGAUUAUUUAUUUUUUUGUCUUCAUUCACACCUGGAGCGCUUAAAACCUCUCAAUAACUUAUUCAACUUGAGUUUAGGCAUUCUGGGUCGAGUUUAGUUUUGAAGAUGUUUGUUUUUUCGGAGAGGAAAACCACUGAGGUACUCAGAGAAACACCUUACAAAGCAUAGGCUUGGAGAGAACCAGCAGAAGCUGCAUAUGAGGGUGACAAGUGCUCAUAUACUCAUCAAGUACGCAUUGAUUUGGAGUCAGAUCUCAACAAUCGGACACACCAGGCUGUAAGCAGACACAUCGUAUAGGUAGCCUGUGUGGCAGGCAUGAAAAAGUUAGGGGAAACGUGACGUGAAGGAGUGCAAGGGUUCACUUGAUGGGGGCGCACCAUUUAUGUACUUGUCGCCCUUAAUUCCUCCUUUCGCUUCCCCUUCAAUGCCUAGCACUUACAGUAGGCCAUCCUAAUCCAGGUUAUCCCAUUAGCAGUUGCAAGGGCUGUGGACUUCAAGCAAGCUCUCCAUUUUUUUAGCUUAUCAAGCCGAGAGGGAACGCACAGGCUAAUCAUGAAGCUCACGGGUGACCUCUCGCGACCGCGCCCUCCUAAAAUGAAGAGCUUGCUCACAGGCUACCAGGGCUGUCACCAAGGGUGCUUGCCAAAAGUCAGAACUGGCUGUUCGGAUCCGUUAUUUCAAAAUGAAAGAGUAGUCUUCCCCUGAAAUUUACACUAAAACCCAUUUUUUUCCUAGCAUACCAAGUAGGAUAAACUAAUCUGGCUGGAUAGUACUGAUUAAUAGUGGAACUCUCCUCACAACUAGCCUUGGGAAAUCCCCAACGCGACCUCCUGUCUGUAAUGACAGCACUGGGACUCUUUACCAACUCCAGAGGCUCUAUCCUUAUGCUUAGUUUGACUGCACAUGGAAAAUUUUUCGUAUUAUAGUAGAACCCCGAUGACUCGAACUCGGAUAACUCGAAUUCCCGGCUAACUCGAACUAAAUUUCAUUUCCCUUGAUCAAAAAUCAAUGAAAUUUACCCCGAUAACUCGAUUUUUGGUUCUUGUGGCACCACUCGGAUGCCAUCCCAUUAACUCUUCUUUUUGUAUAAACACUAAAACUACCUCAAUUUGAUUUUAAUUGGUGCAACGAACAAAUCACGUUUUAUCAUAAAAAAUUAAUUUAGUUAUGUUACCGUUUCUGAUUAAAUAGGUGAAAUUUGCACUGCUACUAUACACUGAAGUGCUGAAAAAUCAGUAACUAUCAAUUUUUAAUGUGGCAAAUUAAAUUUUUCAAUCGGCCCCGUUAACUCGAAACCUCGCUGACGCGAACUGGUUUUGGUUUGCCUUCAGGGUUCGAGUUACCAGGGUUCUACUGUAUUUUGACAUCCAUCAUACAGUGAACUGCAUUAAUAAAAAAGAUAGCUGAUAUGACAUGCAUUUAACUAUUAAAAUUUGUUCCAGGUUAAGCUUAUUCCAUCAGAUCCAUGCAACGAGGAAUUUCAACAAUCUUUCCAACAGACUGCAGCUCUGUUUUUUAAAUACCAAAGAGCUAUUCACAAAGAUCCCCCUGAAAAGUGCACUGAAAAAAGGGUAAUCAUAAACGUUUCUGUUAUCUUCUGUUGUUUUAAGAGGCAGAGGACACUUCUGUUCCCUGUGAAAGAGAUGAAAUGUUUUGAUUUUCAAGUUUUGCUAUUUCUUGCGUUGAAUCACUGUACAGUGUGUGCCGAACUUUGCCUUAUGGUUUGGACAAGUAAACCAAAUAUCCUCAAAAGCGAUGUGAUAUUUUAUGAAUUCUGGUUUUGUUUAGAAAUACUUAAAACUCUUAAUAGUUAGAGUUUAUUCUGGAGGCUUUCCGAGUGGACGGAAGCGACGACCAGAAAUAUGUCUGCGUGGCUACUCACUCGCUCACUAGUUCGUCUUCGUAAUUAGUCAGGUCCGAAUAGAUCUUUUUAGCUUGUAUGUGUUGUUUUCUCAUUUCAGACCACGUAAUGUUACCCCAGAGGAUUGUUUCUUUCAAUUGUCGUCCUAUGCACUUGCAUCCAUGUGUAUACAGCUAUUUCGAGAAAGGUUGUCGGAAAAAUGUGCACGCGACAAUCCCGAAAGGUAAUAUGGGAUAUGAUCAAUACACUUUUUCUGACGACUGUACCUGUUGAACCUACUUUGGUUGCUUUCCUUUAGCACUCGCAAACACAUUUCCGCGGCCUUUCGCACCAAUUCUUUCAAAUUUCUUUAAAGAACAGUGAACUUAAAACCACCCACAAUGCCUUUCGGGAUUGUCGCGUGCACUUUUUCCGACACCUUUCUCGAAAUAGUUGCAUGUAUGGAUCAUUUAUGAAAAGACGAAAGACAAAUUCCCUGGAGAACAUCACGUGGUCUGAAUUAUGAAAACAAAUUCAAGCUAAAACGGUCUAUUCCACAGAUAUUUGAACUAGUUUUCUCCCUUUGACGGUUAGUACUGACAAGCAUUAUGGUUGUCUUUUCCGCAGCCGAAAUUUUUCAGAAUUUUUUUAAAAUAUUUUCUUGUAUCAUCUGACUUUUUUGUUUUUCUAAACAACGUAUCUAUCAGGUCACCAUAGUUACCUACCGUGUGAUUUACAACUCUUUCAGAAGCUUUUUAGGGGGGAUCUUUGUUGCAGUCAUUAAAAUACACAACUGAUGUAUUCCUAAAUACUUCUUAUCUAUUGCCUCCAAAUCAAAUUAAUUUUGACAACUUAAACCCUGAAUUGAGGGGUUUUAACGUUGAGUUUGAAUUUCUCAGGUCAAAUUAGUAAAAGUACAGUUCGAUUCAGACGAAUUUCAAGCAACAUACAGUCAGACUUGUGAUUUAUUUGCUAAAUAUCAAAUGGCCAUCCACAAAGAUUCCCCCGGCGAAUGCGGCGAAAGACAGGUUAGACUUUUCUCAUAAACCCUUUCUGUGAGACCAGCUCUUUAAAAAAAAAGAACGUCAGCGCUAUAAAGAUUUACUAAAAUUUACAUAACAUGCUAAGACUGGUUCCCUAAGAUGAGACUAUGCCAUAAGCAUAGUAACCUCAUGCAUUUCUGUUUCAAAAAUGAAUUAACUCCUCAUGCAGGAAGCAAAAGAAAAUUGAGAGAAAUUCACAUCAGGCUCGCAUUAAGGCAGCAGUUAUAAGCCAAUGCGCGAGCGCCUUGACUUGUUUUUAAACAGGUUUUGCCUGUUCAAAGUUAAUUUAUUUAUCCAUGAUGCUGUACGGCGGCGAUACGGCGGCUCCAUCAAAGAAGCAAACGGUCGCUCUCCCUUCGUAGCGUAGCGUGCGGCCUGGAGAAACCACUGCUCGCAGGGUAGCAAUAGAUCGCGUUCAGUCUACAUUAGGUUCCGUGCUACUACGUCACAUGACCAUAUAGUGUUCAUGGGACCUAUAGACGUCAAAAAACACAAAGUGAUGUUGUUCAAACGGCCGAGAGAAAAAGUUUAACUUGUUCUCCUGUACUCUACUAUAUUUAUAUGUUGUUGGGUUUGUCAUAGAUUUGAACAAAAAAGAAAAUAUAUAUUUCUCUCAUUUCAUUCAUAACAAUGUCCCUUAGGUGAAUGAGUUAGUGGCACCAGCAAAGUUUUAUCCCUCUUUGUACUAAAUCUAAAAACUGUGUAUGAUCAUAUACCUUAAAAGUCGUGAUAAAGCCAUUCCGUCAGGUAUGAUCAUAAGGAAUGUUAGACAUGUAGUAACAAAGGCUUUAAAAAUGACAGCGUGCCAGGGACGUCGCGAACGUAAGGCCGGGCGUGAUUUGGGGAAGGGAACGGUGCCGGAAAAGCAGGAGAGAGAGAAUGCUUUUCAUUCAAUCAAAACCUUUGAAAAUUUGGAAACAGCAGCAAAUGGUACAGAAAUUUUCCGGAAACUGUUGAAUCUCCGAAAUGCGAACUAUCCAACCGAAAAUUCUAGAAAUUCCGGAAGCAAAGUUGAAUGAAAAGAAAACUUGCGGGAAAAAUUUUGGGAAAAUUUAGGUAUACCUCGCGAGGUUGUCCUCUUUUUUGGAAAUUUUGGAAAAUGCUGUUCCAUUCGCCACUGCAAGUUGCCGAAAAUUCAAACCGGACGUUUUUGGUAAAAUAGAGGGCGCCGUCACUUCCUGUCAACCCCAGGCCCGUCGCGUCAGUUUUCGCAUCAGUUUUCACCGUCUCUGCACAUUACUAUCUUGGAACCUUGAACAGGCUAUAAAAAUGAUUGUCUCUGUCAGCGGUGGUAGUUAUAGUUGUAUCUCUGUUUUCUCAGUGUAGUGAAGACUUUGACAUUCAUGUCAUUCCAUUAAAAGAUUAUUUGUAUUUGUUUGAUUGCAGUUCAAGAGAUUUUUGGUCGACUCACCGCUUCAGGUAAACAUGUUCAGUUUGGGACACUUCACACGGGUCUUAUGGGAUGUAGUUAUACCUUCAACAUUACUCCAUGUCUUUGUUUUUCACCCGGUGAGAUUAUCCGGCAGCCGGCUCUAAGCGACAUCCCUGUUAUUGCUAAGUGUAGCUAAGUGCAACUUUGAGACAUCGAGUCCAUUGGUGAUACCCUUGUAAGUUUCACCAUUCACAUGAAACCUCUUGAGAAGUACCAAAAUUGUCAGGAUUCACUCACACCUUGAAUGUUCUUGAACUUCAAUUAAAAAUUCAAAGCCGUAAAAGUACUGGAAAAUUGCAGUUGGUGCUGGAAAAACGGCCUUAAAAUUUGCCACUUACCUCAUUGGAACCAGACUUUCAAGUGGCUAAUACCACAUUAAUUCUUGGUUUGCAACCACGUGACAAGGCGGCCAUACUGGGGUCAAAACAAAAGAAUAUUUCCUCGAAGAAUUUACAUGAAAAUAGAGUUUCGUUCCUAGAGGAGAGAAAUACUUUUGUUCUUGACCACCAACAUGGCCGCCGUGACGUCACGUGCAAACCAGCAAUACUGGCAGAAUUGUAGCACCACAAAAUAGUAAAAAAUAUUGCCUUGAUUUUGCACGGCAUGGAUUCCUUGAAAAGUGAGAAUGGAAAAGUCCUUGGGGCGGAAUUAUUGGUGUAAAAAGAGUACGAACCCUGAAUGGUUUUUUGAAUUCUUCAAUUUUGCCUUUACGUGCUCAAAAGUAAAUGGUUGCACUCAAUACUUGAGAGGUCUUAAUAUGGCGAAAUCACACGUGACAAACACAGAGACAAACAACAACUUUAAUACUGCAGUCUUUGAUGAGUAAACAGUGUAACUUUUUAUACGACUGAAUCCACGAGCGGUCAAGAUGAAGCAAAUCCUUUGUUCUGAUUGGCCAAUCGAGCGCAUCUUGCCCGCUCGUGUUUUCCUGCGAGAAAAGUUUUCUUUUUAACCAUAUAUUAAUAAAUCUUUUGUCAGCCAAGCUUGUUCAAUCCAGACGGCUGGAUAUUGGUUCUUUUUGCAUUGUCAUUGUCCUCGACUUCGUCUCGCUCCACAAAGAGGAAGAUAUAUCAUUUUCUUUACGUGAUAAUGCCGUCGUUUUAUCGCCAAUAUGAUUUAUGGCUUUCGCUUACUGCUUUUCAAAGAACAGUGUAAAUGCAUUAAGGCCUGAAAACGAAUCUUUAAUCUCGGGUCUGUAUCCUUAAUUUUUUCUGUACCUGAGUUCCUUUAAUACUUUAUUUUUUAAUUUAUUUCCAAAAAGCAUUUUACUGGACCUGGUUCUCCACCAAUGGGGUUUGGCUCGUUUCAUCAACAGUAUUUCCUUGAUGGUAAGUGCUAAUAUUCUCUCUGGUAAAGGCAAUACUUUUACAGAAAAAGUCGCUUAACGGAAACAGAAUUAGAAGUCUGGCCACUCAUAAAACACGUGAGAUAUCGUGACAAAAAAUCAUAAUAAUAAAAUACAAAAUUUAUCAGAACGGGCUUUUUGCGGUUUUCUAAGGACAAAAAAAUCACUAGCAGAAAAACAAGAGAAAUGUGGUGGUGGUAGUGGUGGUAGUGGAGGGAAAACAAUGGAAAUGUGAUGGUGGUGGUGGUGGUAGUGGAGGGAAAACAUUAGAAAUGUGGUGGUGGUGGUGGUGGAGGAGGGAAACAAUAGGGACCUUAAGAUACCCUGGACGCGGCGGUAAAGGGAACGGAGAAAGCCUGGAGCCAGGACGCCGCCACCUUCGCGGGAAAAACAAAUUAAGAUUGAGCAGGUUGGGUGAAGCGGCUCGCCUGACGAGAGAGGAUAAAGUAAUGCUUUCGUGUUUUAAUUCCAUGACGUCUUUUAGAAAAUCUCGUGUAGUCUUGCUUGAUUGAUGCCUUAACGAUCUUUUAUUGGAAGAAAAAUUUGUGCUGCCGGCUAUGACUCCAGUUUCUCUCUGAAAAAAAACCAAAUUUCGUCGAGGGAAACUUGAGGGUAUGAUCGGAGUUCAGGUUAUCAGCUAUUUGUUGCCAGACGUUUUCGCUUUCCGUUGUUCUAGAUCUUGCUUUAAAACGAUAUGGUUCUGUUAUGAGAAGUUUCCGUACUAAGGCGAGAUUUUGAUCUUCAGACCGCUCCAUCGCUGAACUGAAAGUGAACAAAAUAAAAUUAUAAAAAAUAAUAGAUUAACCAUGGCGUCUUGUUCAAGAUCUCAAUUUUCUCCGACAUGUUCAAGUUUAUUACAAGCCUAGAUUUUUGUUUUCCAACAAUUUUUACAAAAUGUAUUCGACUUCCCGUCUCUUAAAUUUUUCAAAUACUAUCCUAAAGCGAGAACGUUGUCCCCUUAAAAACAAGCAGUUAUAGUGUUACAUUUGUGUCGAAAGACUCAGCGCUUUCAUUCUCAGUUGUCGCCAAAACACUGAACCCAAAAGGCUUGAUAGCAAAAAAAUAAGAGUCAAUCUUGAGAGAGCACCACACCAAAAACACGUAACUGUGUCUCUUGAAGUAAAAUGGAUCGAAAAUCCUGUACGGAAAGGAAUUUCUGCACUGAAAACAAGAAAACCAACUCACCGUUUUACGAGGCGGCCAAACUUCUAGUUUUCACCGUCGCGACUUCAGGUCGACGCUGUGGCAUUAUGCUAAUUAUUCCAAGAAUUGAACAUUUCACUUCCGGUUGACGUCCUCCUCGGCCGCGUCCAGAGUAUCUUAAGGUCCCUAAUGGAAAUGUGGUGGCGGCGGUGGUGGUGGUGUAGGAGGAAAACAAUGGGAAUGUGCUGAUGGUGGUGGUGGAAAGAAAACAAUAGAAAUGUGGUGGUGGAAGAGGGAAACAAUAAAAAACGUGGUGGUGGAGGAAAACAAUAGAAAUGUGGUGGAAAAAAAGUUGAGGGUAUGGUCACUGUGGGGUUCAUGUAUGGUCGAUGUGGGGUCGAUGUACGGUAGAUGUGGUCAUAGAUGGAAAUUAAAAAUAAAAAGUAAAAUCAAAAAGGGAAAAUAAAUCAAUUGCGGAGUAGUAGGAGGGGUGUGGGGUAAGUAAAACAUUGUCUAUGGUGCUAAAAACGGCUAGUUUGCGUUUGACGUCAUUAAUAUGCACGAUUUGCCCGCCAAAAAGCAGUGAACCGGAACUAGGACAAUCACAGCAGCAGGAAAUAGGAAUUGCAUAAUUACGUUACGUCUCAGUGAUUUUAAGUCACAGACAAGUUUGACUUUACUCCUCAGACACUAUGAAUUAACCAAUGAAAACGUCUCUUAUUUUCUAACUCACCAAUCGAAAACAAAGAUGUUUAUGGACCUUAAAGUAACUAGAAAAGCUAAACCAACUAGAAAUAGCACACGACCUUAUCUUCACGAGAUUCCUGUCAUCGGCGUUAAUUUAUUCCAAUUCAAACUAAUGAGAUUCCACUUCAAAAAACCGGAUAAUUCGGUCCCUUCCCCACUACUUAACAGCCAAUCAAAAAGCGACAGCUUCGCCGAAACCACGAGUCACUCUCGUCCCAUACUGCAAAUCGAAACAACCCCGACAGAGACUUGCGCUCAACCUCAAAAUAGCCAAUAGACUACAAGUAGUAACUUUCCACCCAACCCAGGAAUAAUAGAGCAAGGGAAACACUUCAGCGGUCGUCAAAACGCACCUGAAAAUCGCCACCCGCGAGUGCAAACGCCACGCGUGGAAACGGCCACCCUCCUCGCGAAUGGCGAUUUUCACGCGAGCUCGUGUAAUUCGCCCUGAGGAAAUCGAGAUGCUAUUUAUUGUUGGCUUACAACGAGAAAAAGCGACACUCUUCUCUUAUCGGGAGGCGAUUUCUUGGACCGCCUUUUUUUCUCGUCCUACUAUCUAUUAUCCUAAGGAAAAUAAAGAGACGACUCAUACGCUGAUGGUUUACCGGUGAUUAUUGUUUUCUGUUCCAAUGUCAGGUAAACUGGUAGCUGUAGGAGUGAUUGACAUUCUUCCUCGCUGUGUCUCGUCAGUAUACCUUUUCUACGAUCCCGAUUAUUUCUUCUUAUCGCUUGGCGUCUAUUCUGCGCUAAGGUAGGCAAUCACAGGGUAAAUUAAAAAGUUUAUUUUUGUUGUUAUUUGAGGCCCUUUGACUGGGGGCCCGUUGAGCUAGGGUGGGUGGAGACCGCUACGUGUAGAAGAACACAGUUAUUUACAAAGUAUGCAGCUGUUUCGAGGAAGGUCGGAAAACGUGCACGCGACAAUCUCGAAGGGUAUUGUGGGUGGUUUUGAGUUCAUUCUUCUUUGAAGAAAUUUAAAAGAAUGGCACGAGAGGCCAUGGACGUAUGUUUGCGAGUGCUAAAGGAAAGCAACAAAAGUAGGUUUGACAGCUACAGUGUCAGGAACAGUGUAUUGAUCAUAUCCCAUAUUACUUUCUGGGAUUGUCGCGUGCACAUUUUUUCCGACAACCUUUCUCGAAAUAGCUGUAUGCGCAAAAUCAAAACUCCAUCAAGUGCUCUGGCAGUGAAGGGGUGAAGGAUUAAGUCAGAUCAGCUAUAUUUUAUUAGAAUGUCACAGCCACCUGCAGAACUAAGCGCACUAAAGGCUUUUUUUACUUUUUAAGUACUUCUAAGAAUGUGUGUAUAGUUUUUAUUAAAAUGUAUCUAGAAUAUAUCUAGUCAAUUUUCAGUUGAACUCUAAGGACGACUCAGAAACAACUCUAGCUAGUGUAUAGCAGCCGCUAGCCGGGCAGGAGGCAGUAAAACACAAAUGGGGCCCGUUUCUCGAAAGAACUUGAAUUCGCAGCCUCCAAACGCUCUACUUUUUCGGUCUCGCUGACUGCUCAAAAUUUUUUGAAUCUCUAUUUUACAGGGAACUUCAUUUUACUCGUUCACUCCAAAGAACCACUCCAAGUAUUGAGAGUUACUACAUGGGCUUUUACAUUCAAUCCUGUCCUAAAAUGAAGUAUAAGGUGUGUAUGCUUAUUCACCUUUGAACUUAAAGGAGCUUUGUCACGAAAAAGUAGCCAAAUUCACCCAAUACAAAACUUGCCAUUAAAAUUGAGCGAAACACAAAAAUACCCGCUUUGAACACUGGAAUUUUUAAUGUAACCGUCCAUUUGUUUAGGAAAAGAGAGGAGUGAUUCUUCAGCCAAAUUGCUGGAACGAGUCUUCACUUUAGAAGCCGUCAUUUUGACACAGCACUCAGUACAGAGGAACCUCGAUAUAACGUAGUCCUCGGUAUAACGAACCUCUAUAUAACCAAGACUCAUUCUCUCUUGAUAUAACGAAGUCCUCGGUAUAGCGAACCUCUAUAUAACGAAGUCCUCCAUUUAACGAACCUCGAUAUAACGAAAUCCUCGGUAUAACGAACCCCCACAUAACGAACCUUGAUAUAACGAACCUCUAUAUAACGAAGUUUUCGGUAUAGCGAACGAUUUUCUGUACACCAGUAAUAGUAAAAUAUAGUACGAAAAAGAACCUCCAUGUAACGAAACCUCGUAAUAGGGAGCGAAUUUUGCCAGUUCGUUGGCCCUUCGUUAUAUCGAGGUUCCACUGUAUAUUAGAAAACGGCAAAAAAUUCCUUUAGCCUCGACAAAUGAAUAACUUAGACAACCUUGAUAAGAGUAAAACUGCUCAUUAGUUAAAAUAAGGGUCGCCGAGAGGACAAAAUAAGGCAAAAAUUAAAGCAUUUAUAGACAAAUAACGGAGCGGCAGACACGUGUCCGACUGCCAUGGCUGACCGCUCAAUCUCAAUCCGAGAUUGCCAUGUCAUGGCGUGACCGCUCAAUCUUAUACACUGUAAUAUGCGUUUGAGUUUACAUGACGAAUGUCCAUCACCGGAGGUUUCAGUAAAUCAUAUACUUAGUUAUGAUGUUGCUAUUUAUGAGCUAUCUAUACCUACUUAUAUCCAUCUCCUAGUUGUUGUUGUUGUUGUUGUUUUGGAGGGGGCGCGGGUACGGCUCUAGAGGCAUACAGCUACUAUGGGGACAAAAUUGGAUUCGGCCCUUGUUCUAAUAAGCUUUCAAUAUGUGUCAAGAGUGGCGCAGUGGUGAGAGCGCUCGCCUCCCACCAAUGUGGCCCGGGUUCAAAUCCCGAUGUGGGUUGCGUUUGUUGUUGAUUCUCUCCCUUGCUCUGAGUGGUUUUUCUUUGGGUACUCCGGUUUUCCCUCUCCUCGAAAACCAACAUUUUCAAAUUCCAAUUCGACCAGGAAUCAGGUAGGUGAAGAACCACUUUGUGGAUGUACUACCUCCAAAUCAUUAUUUAUUUUGUGUAUUAAUUUUAUUUAUUUAUUUUAUGUGUCUCUACAGGGUCAGUACAGUCCAUCCUAUAUUCUCUGUCCAGAAACCUACAACUGGAUCCCAAUUGAACAGUGUCGUCCUAAAAUUGCUCUCGCUAAAUAUUCUCGCCUAGACGACUCGGAAGAAGGUAACGCUUGCAUUAUUUUCUAGGAAUUGAGAUGAAAAUUGUGGGUUGCGUUUUGGUGCACAAGGUACACAUUUCAUCCUACUUGCAAAGAGCCAAGAAAAGAAUCAUAUAUCAUUGCGUUUCACUCAGUCAUGGAGAGCGAUUACAAACUUAAAAUGAUUUGUUUCAUCUACGAUUAGAACGGACCAAUGAGACCACCUUUCUCAUAAAACCAUCCCGUCAAUGAGAUCUUCCAGUUGGUUGACCGUCCCGUCCCGUCCCGUCACUGCGGCAACCUUUUUGAGACGGCUGUCCCGUUCGUUCAACCGUUCUGUUGACUAACCCAUCAUUAGUAUAACUACAUUGAUGAUUAUCGAAAAUAGAGCGCUAGGAUUCGCUAGGAGCUUCGCUUUAUCCCGCUAUAAUCACCGUGCGGUGAUUAUAACAUUGAAGUCUAGCAGUUUUCAAAAUGGCAGCCAGAUUUUUUGAUGUUUCGGAGGCGGAAAUUGAUCAAUAAUUUUAUUUUCUCGAAUAAUCAUCGACGUAAUUAUACUAAAAGAAUUAGUCGCCUCAGGCAACUUGAAUAUCGGCUAAUAGUCACCUCGACAUCGUCUCCGUGACUAUUCGCCGAUAUUCACGUCGCCUGAGGCGACUAACUGUUAAAUAAUGGGACGAACUGAUGGGUUAGAUUCAAGGUUUUCUGACGGGAGAAAUAUUUUUGCAAUGUAAUUUCCAACUAUAAUUAUAAACGGACCAUGUAAAACCAUUCAAGACCACGCAACCAGUCAAAGCGCUUGAUGUUUUCAUACAAUUACAUUUUUCCUUUCAAAUCCUCACUUUCAGAAACGCCUCAGGGUUCCACAGAAGAUGUUCUUGUUUUGUUUAAUCGCCAAGCCAUGCCCUACCAGGUAUUCAUUUAAAUUCAGUAAAACAGUUGGCCAUUUUGUCGACAACUUCCAGAACACAUUUCGUUUUUCCUUUAAUGGAGUUUAUAUUCAACAAUCCAGGUGAGAUCUCAAUCCAGUGACUUUAAUUUGAGAGGAAAACAAAGAAUUCUGGAAGUUGUAGUCAAGUGACGAAAAAUUGCAAAAUGUGAUGCGUGUUAUUGAACAAAAGCACGUCUUCAUUUAUCGAUUUAUUAUAUUGAAUUUAGUGAAAAAGUGCUAAGUUUCAUAAAAUCCCGUAGAAAAUUCCCUGAAACAAGACGGCCCAAAUUGUCAGUGUUUAAAGAGAAGGAAGAGCACGCAUUUCUUUUUAAAUUUGGACCCUCAUAUUUACGUAACUUUUUCGCUGGUUUUUGCAAAACUUCGAUGGUUUACUAAAUUCAGUAGAAAGAAUAAGUCUCUGAAAAGAUGUUUCUGUUUCACUAAAAAGCAAUAAAAAAUGCAAUUUUGCGUGACAUCUAUCUGAAGAAUGGCGAUUAGCUAUAGCAAUGAGUUUUAAAAUAUGUUUAUUUUAAGGCUUUUUUUUGUGAAUUCUUUACAGCUUUAUGCGGCGUUUAGAGGGGCAGAUGAUCGUGAUGAAGUGCAGGAGUACGCAGAUCUUGUGGGGCCUGUGGUCUCCUCUAGAAUGCUUCUCUUUAGAUCUGGUUAAGAUUUAUGGUUCCUUUUGUUUGGGAAAACAUAAGCGGAUUUUUCACCUUCAAUUUCGAAAAAUCACUCGUGGUAUUCAUGCCAAAUAUCACUACAAAUCAUGCUAUUACCUAUACAAAUUUUCAGAAUUUUACCUGUGUUUCACAAUUCUUGUGAAAUUUGAUAUUUAUUUUCUCGGGCUACCACGAGAAAUAGUCUUUGGUGUUACUACAGAUUUCCAAUUAUAUCUAUAGCCUUGAAAAGUGUAAAAGAGAAUGCGAUAUUGCUUAAAUUAUUCUGGUACAAGGUUUUUGUCCACUGAAAAUGAAAAUUACUCAAUUUCCUAAUGGAUUUCGUCUUAACACUCCUUAGUGGAUUCGUUAAAAAUCACGAGGAUAUUGCUGUUUUAAGUAGAUUCUGUGCUGAAGUCAUUACUUAGUCUCUUACCCAUACACAAAAUGCUCCUCAGUUUGAAGUUACGAAAAAGAUAGCAAACAAACCUUAUUAGGGGGCACUAAAUAUAAUAGUUCUUGGGGGGUUGCGGGCAUAGCACUAAAACUUGAAAACAGUUGGCCCAGCUUUUUCAAGUUUCAAUCCAUAUCCAUCCUUCCCAUCAUCAGCUACAGACAACAGGAAACAGUUAAAAUGUCUAAAUAUAGUCUUAAAUAACAAAACUGGACCAUUAUUUUAACCCUUUCACUGCCAGAGUGCUUGAUGGAGUUUUGUAACGUGACUGUAACUUUUGUGUUUGUGGAUGAAAUCCUAUGAUGUGACCAUUCAAAUGAAAGCUCUCUGCCUGUACUUUCACAUGGUGCUAUUUUUUUAUUUUUUUUCAAAAUUUCACAAAAUGAAAUUUGAACAUUUGGUUGAAAAUUGCUUUUGGCUAAAUUUGUCAGUGAAAGGGUUAAGCAUUUAAUUUAUGUGAAGACACGUUCCUGCUUUUUGAAAAGGUUGAAGAUAGCGUGACAUAGUCUCUUCAGAGUAGGACUUUUAGAAUUCAUGAGCUGUGCCUUUUAGGGGUGCGGACAAAUCUAAUCUUCGAUUCUCACAAAGAAACGCACCCUUACUUGCCUUCGAUUGAGAAACUAGGGUUUUUCCGGAUUUCUCAUUAAUACGCUCCACUUUUCUCCACAGCCGAAACACUAGAGAUAGACUAGCUUGCCCGUUUGUUUUAUUAUUAAAAGUCUGAUUAUUCUGUGAAUAUGAAUUUUAAUGGUUUCAAUGUACUGUUUUGUAAAUGCGGUUUUAAUGAUUUGAAAUGAUGGUCUAGCUUACGUGUUUAAAUAAAAAUGUCUCAGUUGCUUCUUUGCUUCUGAAAUAACUCUAGUACGUUACUUCCCCUCUCAUCCUACUCUGACCAGCAUCCCCUCCUCUGCUAGCAUUAUCAUUUCUUACUCGUAAGAUUUAUAAUCUAUUUUUGCUGUAAUUUGACCGUCAAACGCCGGAGCAGCGCCGGUGACUUCCCAAUACUCAGUAUUUUCCAUAACCCCCCUCAAAUUCAAAAGAUUAAAAAGGGAAUUUUCCUGAGAUAAAUAGCCUGGCUGUGUUGCAGCCGGCCCACGUAUCGUCGUGACCACUGCUAUAGUCCAUCUUUACAGGCGGUUUGGAGGGUCUGCGACGCAGGCUAGAGAUGAAAAGUAAAUCGUAAAAAAUAGCGGGAAUACAUCUGCGCGAUUGCGUCAUUAGGGAGCUUUAGCAUCGACGACGGCAACUGCAGCGAAAACGUCAGUUUUAAAAUGAAUUUCCGUUUUUACAAUCUUUGUCGCGUUUAUUCCAAUUUGCUGAAAAUGGCAAGUGUAGGCGAAUUUCCCUAGAGUUGAUUUCUUGAGGACCGCACUCAAGUUUAGAGGGAGAAAAAGAGAUUCGUUGUCGCUUGUUUACGUCCUCCAUAAAACUUGGAAUUAGGCAUUUUCACGUCGUAGUCGCGCAAGGACGGUAAAGAAAUGUACAAAAAAGCGUGAUGCACGUGCAAAGUUGUUGCUUUGCGUAAUAAACCUAUUGCUUUUUUGACGUCCUCUUUGCCGUCGCCGUCGUCGUUGCUAAAGCUCCCUAAUAUCACAGGCGGGCUCCUCUUUGUUUAUGUACACUACCUAAGGCGUUACCGCUCAAAACAAUUCUCGAUCAUCGUAUGAUCCUACGAUUUAAUGGAAAAUGCGCGUUGAAAUCGACGUCCCCCGGUACAAAAGGCUCACAGUAGACUUUCUCAAAGCCUGUUUCCGGUUUCUGCUGGUUAGGUGGUCACUCUGUACUCGCGACUAACGUCACUCGCUUUCUCUCGCUUUGCGAGCGUCCCUCGAGCCUUCAGCGCUCACGUAGUCGGUCGAUUCGUGGCAAGUCUAAGGCUCACAAUUGAGAACCUACUUCACCAAAAUUGCCCAUAACAACCCCAAAAUACAAGAACCUUUUUGCUAGACUUUAAAAAAUGUAGGUUCUAACACGCGGGUUUUUACGGUAUUAAAUUGUAAAAGAUAGCCUGAGUUGCAGCCGGUCCACGUAUCGUCUUGACGAGUGGUAUUGUCCGUAUAUACAGGCGGGUUAGAGUGCUACGACAAAGGCAAGCUAAUAGAGAUAAAAAAAAUUAUUAAUAAAUAUCUUGCUCGCGUCUUUGUCCACAGCAGUUUUUUUUUUUUACUUUAAGGCCCACUGUUUAAUUUCUAGCCGGAAUAUUCGUUUUUCUUUGUGAGGGGGGUGAAUAGGGGUAUGCAAAUACACAGUUAAAUUUCGCUCUGAAUCCGAAAUCCGGGCAAAAAAAUUUUCAAAUUCACCCACCUCCUUUGUGAAUAAUUGCGUUCACAAAGAAAACAACUGAGGCAAGUUUCCUUUGAAGGAAAAUUAGUGAU